AAGGUAUCAAAGUCCUAACUCACAACUUCUAUGUUAAGAUUAUACAGUGCCAAUCUUUAGUUUCUCCUCAGCACUGCAAACAGAACAGCUUCCACAACCAAAGAAUGAUGAAGAGCCACCAUGUGGGUCUUCUGCUACUGAUGGUCUACUCGACAACAGCGUCAAAGCCGAAUCAUUACCAAGAAGAGAGGUACCAGAAAUUCAGACUCCAACAUAUAAACCCGGGGAUGAGAACUUCUGAGUGUGAUUCUGAAAUACUCUCCAGAAAUAUCGAGACGAAUACCAAUCUCUGUAAAUGGAGCAACACCUUCAUCACUGCCCCUCUCGACCAAAUCAAAGCCAUCUGUAGGGGUCAUAGGAAUGGUUCAAUCACUAGUAACAACCCGUUCACUUUUGUCAUGUGUCAACUCAGCAACGUUGAUCCCAACAACCAACCCAGACAGCCAAAUUGCCAGUACCAGGGUUGGUCCCCCAGAUUGGCCAAAAAGAUUGUCAUUGUGUGUGAGGAAGAAUUUCCAAUAUAUUUUGAGACAUUUAUACCAUAGAGACAUUGCAUACUUGCAGAAUUGAUUUGACGAGUUGUAAUGCACUUGAUCAUCAAAUAAAACGAAGGCUGAACGCUUGAAA